CCCCUCCCCUCCCAGCGGCUCCCCUCGGCCCUCCUCCCCUCCCCUCCCCUCUGCGUCCCUCCCCUCCGCUCCCCUCCCCGCGCCUCCUCCCCGUCCCUCCCCUUGCCGCCGUCCCCUCCCCCGCGGCCCGGAGCGAGCGCCGCGCCAGCGCCACACGGCCCGGCCGCCGAGCGCGACGACACGCCGAACAGGUGGCCGGAGGCUGCGGCGCUGCGCGGGCACAGGCGGGCGAGCCCCGGGCCGGGCCCGGCGAGGCGAGGCGAGGCGAGGGCGGCGGGCCGGGCAUGCGAGCCGAUCGGGCCCCAGGCGCCGGCCCCUAGCCUCGCGCCCGCGCCGCACGCCCCGCGCCCCGCGUGCAGCCGCCCCGGCCCCGGGCGCUCCGGCCUCUCCGGCCGCGGACAGCGAGGGGCGCGGGCCGGCCCGCGGCGGCGGCGGCGGCGGCAUGAAAGUGACCGUGUGCUUCGGGAGGACCCGGGUGGUCGUGCCGUGCGGGGACGGCCACAUGAAAGUUUUCAGCCUCAUCCAGCAAGCGGUGACCCGCUACCGGAAGGCCAUCGCCAAGGAUCCAAACUACUGGAUACAAGUGCAUCGGCUGGAACAUGGCGACGGAGGAAUUCUGGAUCUCGAUGACAUCCUCUGUGAUGUGGCAGAUGAUAAAGACAGACUGGUGGCAGUGUUUGAUGAGCAAGACCCACAUCACGGGGGUGAUGGCACCAGUGCCAGCUCCACAGGCACCCAGAGUCCAGAGAUAUUUGGCAGUGAGCUCGGCACCAACAAUGUUUCAGCCUUCCAGCCUUACCAAGCAACAAGUGAGAUCGAGGUCACCCCUUCAGUCCUUCGUGCGAAUAUGCCUCUUCACGUCCGACGAAGCAGUGACCCAGCCUUAAUUGGCCUUUCCACGUCUGUCAGUGAUAAUAACUUCUCCUCCGAAGAGCCUUCGCGAAAAAACCCCACACGCUGGUCGACAACCGCUGGCUUCCUCAAGCAAAACACUGCCGGCAGCCCUGCAGCCUGUGACAGGAAGAAAGAUGAAAACUACAGAAGCCUCCCACGGGACACUAGUAACUGGUCUAACCAAUUUCAGAGAGACAAUGCUCGCUCGUCUCUGAGUGCCAGUCACCCAAUGGUGGACAAAUGGCUGGAGAAGCAAGAACAGGAUGAGGAUGGUACGGAGGAAGACAGCAGCCGUGUUGAGCCUGUGGGGCACGCCGACACUGGUGUGGAGAACAUACCUAACUUUUCUUUGGAUGAUAUGGUAAAGCUCGUACAAGUCCCCAACGAUGGAGGGCCUCUGGGAAUCCAUGUAGUGCCUUUCAGUGCUCGAGGCGGCAGAACCCUGGGGUUAUUAGUAAAACGAUUGGAGAAAGGUGGUAAAGCUGAACAAGAAAACCUUUUUCAUGAGAAUGAUUGCAUUGUCAGGAUUAAUGAUGGCGACCUUCGAAAUAGAAGAUUUGAACAAGCACAACAUAUGUUUCGCCAGGCCAUGCGGACAUCCAUCAUUUGGUUCCAUGUGGUUCCCGCAGCAAAUAAAGAGCAGUACGAACAACUGUCCCAAAGCGAGAGGAACAAUUACUAUUCGAGCCGCUUCAGCCCCGACAGCCAGCACGUGGACCACAGGAGUGUGCCCAGUGCGGGGCCGCAGGCUCUGCCCAGGGCGCCCCGGCCGAACCCCCCGCCCGAGCACGCGGACCCUCACCCCCGACUCCUACCUCAGAGCGCACAGCCGGCGGGAAAGCCCCCUGCCGCUCCAGCCCCAGCCACACACCACGUGUUCAGUCCCAGCAGUGGUUACAACACCAAAAAAGUAGGCAAGAAGCUUAACAUCCAGCUUAAGAAAGGUACAGAAGGUUUGGGAUUCAGCAUCACAUCCCGGGAUGUAACAAUAGGUGGCUCAGCGCCAAUUUAUGUGAAAAAUAUCCUCCCAAGAGGGGCUGCCAUCCAAGAUGGCCGACUGAAGGCGGGAGAUAGACUCAUAGAAGUAAAUGGAGUCGAUCUAGCAGGCAAAUCCCAGGAGGAAGUUGUUUCCCUGUUGAGAAGCACCAAGAUGGAAGGGACCGUGAGCCUUCUGGUCUUUCGCCAAGAAGAUGCCUUCCACCCAAGGGAACUGAAUGCAGAGCCAAGCCAGAUGCAGAUUCCUAAAGAAACGAAAGCAGAAGAUGAGGAUACUGUUCUCACACCUGAUGGCACCAGGGAAUUUCUGACCUUUGAAGUUCCACUGAAUGAUUCAGGAUCUGCCGGUCUUGGCGUCAGUGUCAAAGGUAACCGGUCAAAAGAGAACCACGCAGACUUAGGAAUCUUCGUCAAGUCCAUUAUUAAUGGCGGAGCAGCAUCUAAAGAUGGGAGGCUUCGGGUGAAUGAUCAACUGAUAGCAGUGAAUGGAGAAUCCCUGUUGGGCAAGACCAACCAGGAUGCCAUGGAAACCCUCCGGAGGUCCAUGUCCACCGAAGGGAACAAGCGAGGAAUGAUCCAGCUCAUUGUGGCAAGGAGGGUCACCAAAGGCGCCGAGCUGAAGUCACCUGGGAGCCCCUCUGGACCUGAGCUGCCCAUUGAGACGGUGCUGGAUGAUAGGGAACGAAGGAUUUCCCACUCCCUCUACAGCGGGCUUGAGGGGCUUGAUGAAUCACCCACAAGAAAUGCCGCGCUCAGUAGGAUAAUGGGUGAGUCAGGUAAAUACCAGCUGUCCCCCACGGUGAAUAUGCCCCAAGAUGACACUGUCAUUAUCGAGGAUGACAGGUUGCCAGUGCUCCCCCCACACCUCUCUGACCAGUCAUCUUGCAGCUCCCACGAUGAUGUAGGAUUUGCGACGACAGACACUGGCACGUGGGCCAAGGCUGGCAUCAGUGACUCAGCAGAGUGCUCUUUGAGUCCAGAUGUCGAUCCAGUUCUUGCUUUUCAACGAGAGGGAUUUGGACGUCAGAGUAUGUCAGAAAAACGCACAAAGCAAUUUUCAGAUGCCAGUCAAUUGGAUUUCGUUAAAACGCGAAAAUCAAAAAGCAUGGAUUUAGGUAUAGCUGACGAGACUAAACUCAAUACAGUGGAUGACCAGAAAGCAGGCUCCCCCAGCAGAGAUGUGGGGCCUUCCUUGGGUCUGAAGAAGUCAAGCUCUUUGGAGAGUCUGCAGACAGCAGUCGCUGAGGUGACUUUGAAUGGGGACAUUCCUUUCCAUCGCCCGCGGCCGCGAAUAAUCCGAGGAAGGGGAUGCAAUGAGAGCUUCAGAGCCGCCAUUGACAAGUCCUAUGAUAAACCUACAGUAGAUGAUGACGACGAAGGCAUGGAGACGUUGGAAGAAGACACGGAAGAAAGUUCAAGAUCAGGGAGGGAGUCCGUCUCCACAGCCAGCGACCAGCCUUCCCACUCUCUGGAGAGACAGAUGAACGGAAACCAGGAGAGAGGCGAGAAGACUGAUCGGAGGAAGGAGAAAACGGGGAAAGAGAAGAAGAAAGACAGAGACAAGGAGAAGGAGAAGCUGAAAGCCAAGAAGGGGAAGCUGAGGGGCCUGGGAGACAUGUUCAGGUUUGGCAAACAUCGCAAAGAUGACAAGAUUGAGAAAACGGGUAAAAUAAAAAUGCAGGACUCCCUUACGUCAGAAGAGGAGAGAGUACGGAUGAAGCAGGAGCAGGAAAGGAUUCAAGCCAAAACUCGAGAAUUUAGGGAGCGACAGGCUCGGGAGCGUGACUACGCUGAAAUCCAAGAUUUUCAUCGGACAUUUGGCUGUGAUGACGAGUUGAUGUACGGGGGACUUUCUUCCUACGACGGUUCCAUGGCUCUCAGCACCAGACCCCAGAGCCCGAGAGAAGGGCACAUGGUGGAUGCCUUGUAUGCCCAAGUGAAGAAGCCGCGGAAUUCCAAACCUUUACCUGCAGACAGCAGCAGAUCAACCCCUAGCAACCAUGAUCGGAUACAGCGUCUCCGGCAAGAAUUUCAGCAAGCAAAGCAGGAUGAAGAUGUGGAAGAUCGGCGACGUACCUACAGCUUUGAACAACCCUGGCCCAGCUCCAGACCGUCGGCGCAGAGCGGCCGGCACUCCGUGUCGGUGGAGGUGCAGAUGCAGCGGCUGCGGCAGGAGGAGCGCGAGAGCUUCCAGCAGGCCCAGCGCCAGUACAGCUCCCUGCCCCGGCAAAGCAGGAAAAACGCCAGCUCCGUCUCCCAGGAUUCUUGGGAGCAGAACUACUCCCCCGGGGAAGGCUUCCAGAGUGCCAAGGAGAACCCCAGGUAUUCCAGCUACCAAGGCUCCCGGAACGGCUACCUGGGUGGGCACGGCUUCAAUGCCAGGGUCAUGCUAGAGACCCAGGAGCUCCUCCGCCAGGAGCAGAGGCGGAAAGAGCAGCAGAUGAAGAAGCAGCCCCCUCCCCCCGAGGGGCUCAACAACUAUGACUCGUAUAAGAAGGUCCAGGACCCCAGUCACAUCCCCCCCAAGGGGCCCUUCCGGCAGGACGUGCCCCCCUCCCCUUCUCAGGUCGCCAGGCUGAACAGACUCCAGACUCCUGAGAAAGGAAGACCCUUCUAUUCCUGAGCAGGAGGAGAGCGGACGCUUCGUGUCAUGCAAUAAAAGGACAUUUUCCUACGAAGACUUGUAUUUUGGGAGUUUUUUUAAAACCUCGGUGGUACUAUGGAAUAUUUCUGUUGCUGGUAUCAGUGCCUUUAAGCAGUGUGGGCAAUUCGAUGGAAGGCCUUAAUGUCUUUGCCACUGUGUCCCAAGUGUCUAUUUCAUGGAAGAAUUUCCCACCAUCUGACAAUCACCUGUUCGAGGCAUCAUACGCUCUGCAUCUCUCGGGUACCAGGAAUCUGGCCCAGCCCGGGAGAUGUCGUGGCUUCACGUUACCGCCCCGUACACCUUGUGGCAACGGAUUACCCUGAAGUCAAGGGUGAUGUUGAUCCCUCUUUUUACCCUUUAAGUUUUUUAGGUGAGGCGACAUCUCCAUCUCUGGUGGAUGAAAGUAGGUGACAGACACCAGAAAUUGGGGCUCUGUGGUACUUCCAGGCACAGUCAUUUUGAAUUCAUUGUAACCAGUGUGGUCUCCCUUUUCUUUCUCAGCUCCUUGUAACAAGAAAGUUCCUUCAUGUAAAAGCAGCUAAGCCAUAUUCCAACACUGUUUGGUUAUCAGGGGCGUCCUUUUGUAACUGCCUUAUAACUCAGUGUUACCAAUAAAGUGAUCGUUCUGUCUGCGUUUGUAAAUACCCUGCUUGGUCCUGUUCCUCACACAUGUGUUGAGUCACCACGGCUCUGUGCGGGGAACAGAGAAGAUGGGCAUCAGCCCUGGUGGGGAAGGGGGCCGCCCACCCACCAGCCUGGUGUGUGUCGUGACGUAGGGGGUGGCAGCUAAAGAAAGAAUUCUCCCAGGAUGAGCGUCUGUCCCCGUACCUCCCAGUCAUCCUUUUUAAAUUAGUUUUUGUUUGAUGAGUUGGCAGGAAGGGCACAGCAUGGGACACAGAUCCGUCAGACACUCAUUUUGGGAUUCCAACCCCUCGCCUGCUUUCUCUGGUUUUUAAGAGCCGGUUGGAAUUGAUGUUUGUGUGUUCAUCCACCUGCUGUCUCGCUGCCUGGUGAUGCCAUCCAGGCUUCUAGGUAGUUCUGCCAUGAAACAGAAAAGGUAGAUAAGAAGAAAGCCAUUCCACAUCCCACAGAACAUUCUGGUGUCCCCAAACAGCGAUAACAAAAGAUGGCGGUCGUGUCGAAAUGUUAACGUACGUGUGGGUCACGAGGACCCGGGUUGCUCCUGAGUUUCCAUCUUCUCAUCUGUUGGUCUGAACAUCCUAUUGUCAGCCGUGGCUGGAUUGCUAAAGUGCCUGCGAAUCCCAACGUGAAAAAAAUUUGAGAUGAAAGUUCAGCAUACUGUGUGUUAACAAAAAAGAAAAAAAAAAAGACAGGUACUGAUAUGCCUUUUUUUUUUUUUUUUUACUGGCACAUUGUAUUUUUGUGUCCACUUGUUUUUAGAAAACGUGUGAGGGGUCCAUCCCCGUCCCUGUGUCUCUUUUGCAUUUCUGUGUAAUGGUUCUGUUUGUUCACGGAACGUAGCGAUGUUGAAAUGAUGUGACCUCUGAUGACAGUGGCUCUUCCUCACAGCCUCCCCUGUGCUGUGAGAAACAGCUUCCCCUGUACAUACAAGACUUCUAAUAAAAGGCAUAUUUC